CUAUCGCAGCACCAACAUCCCACGCACUGUCAGCAGUCUUCUGCAGCUGCACAUACACAUGCAGUACAUGCAGCACAUUCUCAUGCACAUAUAACGCAUAACGCACAGCAUGCACAGCAUCAUGAUGUACAGCACCAUUCAAUGACUGCAGGUUCAGUGCGCGUUGGUGGUGGCAUUUCUUCACUAUCCGGUGUACCUGGACGAGGUGGGUCAACGUUAUCAACAAUCAGUCUUGGUGGUGGAAAUGUUAGUGGUACCGCAUAUCAAUCGCUCUAUACUCAUCAUCAGCCCCAUCUAAGACGCGACGAUAACCUAGCAAAGCCCAGCUGAAAAUCGUUCCGUGAUAAUCAACAUUCUAAACAACAAAAAAAUAGGUCAAUGAAGUAUAAAACAACAACAAAAACAACAAAAAGAAAGUUACAUAAUAAAAAUAUAAAUGAACAGCAGCAGCAAUAUCAACAACAACUUUAUCAUAGUAAAGAUAAAUUUACUACAGAAAACAAUAAAAUCUUUGCCAAAAAAGUAAAAUAUAAGAAGUUUUUGUAUAAAACACAAGAACUCAAGGAUCAACAACAACAAGAGCAUCUUCAUAAAACCAUAGAAAAGUUAGCACUAUUGCGUACUGUUGAAAAGGAUGAGGAUACUAGUGAGAGUAGCACCAUAACUACGACAACAUCACCAAAUUCUUAUGAAGCUGAGGAUGAAAAUGAAAGUGAAGAAACUCGUCGUGGUUACAAAAGAAUGCCGCGUCCAAAUGAAAAUCUCUUACAAGUACAAAAUUUCUUGAAUUGUUUUAGUAAACAUAAUUUAAUAACAACAACGACUACUUCUGAUAUUGCAAUAGCAGCAACAACAACAACAAUAUUUACCAAUUGUAAUGCAAUCACAACACUGACCAGAAACAAUACAAUAACAAAGUUUACUAACAGUAAUGCAAUAACAACAUUUGCACAUGAUAAUGCAACAACUGCAUUUACUUACAAUACCGCUAGAACAACAAAUGUAUACAAAACUGCCAGAACCUUAAGCACUCCCACAAAAAUCUUUGAAGAAACAAAUUAUGAGAAAAAAUAUUUCAAUGAAAAACAAGUUGAAAUUCUGCAUACAAAAAAUAAUAAAAAAAAAAUUCCUAAUCAAGAUAAACCUAUAAUGUGUAUGGCUGCAUCAGUUCCCAGUGCAACAACUACAACAAGUGAUUUAAGCGAACUAAACUCAUCAAACGCUACGCUGCGCAGUUGGCGCAACAUGAAAAAAGCAUAUAUACAUUCAAUUACAGGAACAUCAACAACAAAUGAUAUUAAAGUUAAUAGCACAACAGCAGUAGCAACAAUAACAGCAACAGCGGCAGCACUGACUUUGAACGCCUCGAUAACAACACCAACAACUUCCACUACAACAAAAACAAGUGCAUUUUCUAGUAAAUCAAAUUCAAUGACCACAAAGCCUGCAAAGUUCACAAUAUCACCAAAAUUCUUGCACAAACCACGCAACAAGCUGAAAACUUUUUCAUUAGCAACAAAUGUGCCUACACAUGUUGCAGUUGAGAAAGACAUAUUGCAACAACAAACACAACAAUUAUUCUAUGAAGAUUCAAAUGCAAAGUUUAAAGACUUUUCAAUAGAUUCAUUGCUAAAUAAAUAGAAAUAAUAUAAAUAAUAAUAAUAUAAUAUUAAUAAUUUUAGG